AUGGGAUCCAACGUGGAGCUGGUAUGGCCAGAGGCAGAGGUAUAUUCGUCACGGGUGAACAACUGCUCACAUGCAAAUUCAUCUCUAGCUGCAAUUCGAGCGAAGUUGAGUGCGGAACAAUUAGAACAAUUUAAGACAUCAUGCUUUGGCCAUCUUCUGAAUAUAGAUAAGAUUCAGUUUAGCGGGCAGAUUGUGCAUGGGGUUGUGUUGCGUAGAGUAGCAGGGCAGGGUGUGAAAGACUUGAAUGGACUGAGUUUCUUAUUAGGGUGUGACGUUGCUCAGUUCACUCGUCAGGAUUUCUGUUUGAUCACAGGGCUUCGUUUUGGGGAAGUGCCUGAAGUUUCCAGUGGAGAGAGUGAUGAAAUCAGACUUCAGAAAAGAUAUUUUAUAGACGAAGGAAUUACAUGCAAUGCUUUAGAAGAAGCAUUUGUGAGGUGCACAAAGGAAGAUGACAUCUACAAGCUAGCUCUUGUUUACUUUGCUGAAGGACUUGGAUGCGUUCAACAGGUAUCCGUGGGGUUCGGUGUCCUUUGA